CUGGGCACUUGUUGAUCUAGGCGCAUACACAGGAAACCGCGCACAUCUUACUGAGGACUUGACACUGCAGGAAACACCCUCUUAUUUCACAUUUUUAUACUAGAAAAUUUGCACUAAACGUUCUUGGAGUGUUUAGAAAGAAACGCUCAAACAGGCGCAACUGUCGAACUGAAAAGCUUUAAAAGCGCACUUAGAAAGUGGUUAUCAUGUCUGGUGAAGAGGAUCCAACUCAGCAGCAACAGCCUGAGCAGGAGAAAAAGCCCGACGAGCCUCCCUCAGCUGCUUCGGAUGCACCUCAGCAAGAGUCAGGCAGCAGCAGCCCUGCAGCAGAACCAGCAGCAGCAGAACCAGCAGCAGCAGAACCACCACCAGCAGCUGCAGCAGAACCACCAGCAGCUGCAGCAGAACCACCAGCUGCAGCAGCAGCACCAGCCGCUGAGGAGAAGCCGCUCUCCUUCCGCGCUCUGGUACUCACGGGACAUGGGGGCUACGACAAAGUCAAGCUGCAGGUGAAGACGAUGGCCAAGCCGAAGCUGAAGGCAGGAGAGGUCCUGGUGCGCGUCAAGGCAUGCGGGCUGAACUUCGCCGAGCUGCUGGCCAGGCAGGGGCUGUACGAGCUUCUGCCUUCCCCGCCCGUCACGAUGGGAAUGGAGGGCUCCGGGGUCAUUGAAGCGGUCGGGGAGGAUGUGAAUGACAGGAAAGUUGGCGAUCGUGUCAUCGCAUUGGCCCGCAGCGGCAUGUGGCAGGAAGUAGCUGUCGUGAGCGCUGACCGCACCUUCCUUAUGCCCGAGGAGAUGAGUUUUGAGGAAGGUGCUGCUUUAACUAUUAACUACAUGACCGCCUACAUGAUGCUGUUUGAGAUGGCCAAUCUUAGGCCGGGCAAAAGCGUUCUUAUACACAUGGCAGCAGGUGGUGUGGGUAUUGCUGCUACCCAGCUGUGUCAAACUGUGCAGGAUGUGACUGUUUUUGGCACGGCGUCGGCUUCCAAACAUGAGACUAUUACCCAAGGCGGGGUAACUCACCCCAUCGACUACCGCACCAAAGACUACGUGGAGGAAAUCCGCAAAAUCAGCCCGAAGGGUGUGGACAUCGUCCUCGACCCCCUUGGUGGCUCUGACACCCAAAAAGGCUAUAGUUUGUUGAAGCCCCUGGGCAUGAUUAUAGUCUUUGGUGCAGCCAAUUGUGUGACGGGCCAGAGGAAGAACCUGCUGGCCAUGGCAAAGACCUGGUAUAACCAGCUCUCUCUGAACACCAUGAAACUGAUGCAGUCCAACAAAGCUGUCAGCGGCUUCCACCUGGGAUACAUCACUGAUGAGCAGCUCUUCGGCAGGACUAUGUCUACGCUGCUUGAGCUCUACAAGCAGGGAAAGAUCAAGCCCCGCAUUGACUCCAGCUAUCACUUUGAGGAGGUGACUGAAGCCAUGAAGCGCAUGCACGAACGCCAAAAUAUUGGGAAAGUCAUCCUUCUUCCUGAACCCAAGAAGGAGGAAGAGAAGCCAAAGUCCAAUGCUGAGGCUGGGGAAAAUGUGGAAAAAAAUGAUGCUGCCGUCAGCGAGAAGAAAGAAGAGGAAGUUAAAGCAGAAAAGGAUUGAGUAAGAGUGUUUAUUUCGAGGGUUUCCUUUUUUUGUUCGGCUGUUUAAGGAGAAGAAAAAAAAGGCGGGGUGGAGGAAAAAAGCAAGAUGUCAUGAAUUCUUUGUCAGUAUUUUUUGGAAAUGUUGAUGGAUUUUUGUUGUGCAAUAUGGUUAUACUGUGGUGUCUUUGUCUGGAACACUUGUUUGUAACUUUUAAAUAAAAUGUCACUGCAUUCUGAUACAUCACCUGAAGAAAAAUGCAUUCUGAUUACGGACUGUUGUUAAAAUUCACAAUUGGCAAAAGAAGACAGCAUUUAUUUGUGUUUUUUGGUUUCCUAUGACAACAGCUUGGUCCCAGUUCUAACAUAACACUGGUGAUAACAACAUACCAGGGCUGGUGCUUAUAAAACUGAACACUGACUAAUCACUUAGGACUGACGGGCUUUGCUUAAAAACAGAAAGUUGCAUUUUUAGCAGUGUUUAAAUGGGACUGUGCUGCCUUCAGACUACAGUCGUGUCUACCCCAGCAUCCAAUCUGCCAACAGCGCCUCUUCAAAAUUGGCACACCAAUGAACCAACAUCACAAUGUGCAUUAAAAAGAUUGUCCAGCUUUGUGCCGCAUAUACAGUUAAGAUCAUUUGGGCAAGAUGUUAAUUUUUUUUCUUUUUUUCUGUACAUCACCAUGGUGGACUUUAAAUCAAACAAUCAACACUUGACUGAAGUGCAGACUUGCAGCAUAGAUUUAAGAGGUUUAACAAAAAAUUUGCAUUAACAUUUUAGGACUUAUAGGGUUUAGGGUUUUGUUUUUUAAAUAGACACUAG